AUACACACACACGCAUAUAUAUAUAUUUAAAAACAAACGAAGGAGUUUUUCUUCUUCCACUUGAAGAAAACAUUUGUGCACUUUUUUGAGAUCUCCCUCGGUUUGACCAAGCCAAUGCUUGCUUGGAAUAAGAACAGAUUUGUCAACAGAGUGUCGCUCAAGUGCUGGAGCGGUGUUGGUAUAGGAAUAUUCUUCGUUAUUUAACCACUAAUGACCUUCUGCGGGGCUGGGAGAAGAGCGGAGUGGAAGUAGAUUUCGCCUGCUUGGUUCCCCGACUCGGACUGUUAGAUGCGAGCUGCAGCAGGGCUGCCUCUCUUUCACACUUUCUCGUCUCCUCUUCCUCUCCCCGCUGCUACUAAGCCUUUGGAAAUGCCUCAUAGGCAGGCUGUGCACUUCAGCUAUCUUUCUACACCAGUCCAGAAAUAAUUAACUGUUCAGAGCUGGUGGGGCUGUGAUCCUGAAACAGGAGGCUGCGAGGAAAGCAAACAAGAAAUAAAAGCAACUGAGAGGGGAGGGUAGCGACACAGCUCGCCACUUAUGUAUUGUUGUAGUGCUCAAGAAAGUAAGAUGGACUACAAGCGGCGCUUUUUGCUUGGCGGGUCCAAGCAGAAAGUGCAGCAGCACCAGCAGUACCAGAUGCCCGAGCUGAGCCGGGCCCUCAGCGCCCCCCUGGCGUGCAGCUCCAGCGCCGCGCCGCCCUCCCUGGGCUCCGGCGGCGGCUCGCCCGGCCACUGCAGCCACCCCCCCCCGCAGCACGGCACGGCCAUCGCCGACAUCCAGCAGGGCAUCUCCAAGUACCUGGACGCGCUCAACGUCUUCUGCCGGGCCAGCGCCUUCCUCACCGACCUCUUCAGCAGCGUUUUCAGGAACUCGCACUACUCCAAAGCAGCUAUGCAACUGAAGGACGUGCAGGAACACGUCAUGGAGGCGGCCAGCCGGCUCACCGCAGCAAUAAAGCCCGAGAUCGCCAAGAUGUUGAUGGAGCUCAGCGCAGGCGCCGCCAACUUCAAGGAUCAGAACGACUUCAGCCUGCAAGACGUUGAGGUGCUCGGGCGGUGCUUCCUGACGGUCAUGCAGGUGCACUUCCAGUUCCUGUCCCAGGCCCUCCAGAAGGUGCAGCCGGUGGCGCAGUCCUGCCUGGCGGAGGCGCUGGCCCAGGCCCAGGAGCGCCGCGCCGGCGCCCGGCCGCCCGGCACCGACGCCGGGGCCCUGUCGGAGCUGGAGGAGGCCGCCAGGUCCUGGAAAGGUGCAGCCGAGGCCACGUCUCGCCUGAGGGAGAGGGGCCGAGACGGCUGCCUGGCGGGGCUUGAAGUCCAACAGCUCUUCUGCUUCCAGACCACCACCAUCCCCGAGCACCAGCUGAAGGAGCUCAACAUGAAGAUCGACAGUGCUUUGCAGGCGUACAAAGUAGCAUUAGACAGCCUGGGGCACAGCGAGUACACCCUGAAGGGCGGCUUUCACCUCAACCCCAAAGCUGUGGAAGCAGCUUUACAGGGCUGCUGCAGCGAGGCGGAGGCGCAGCAGGUGGGCCGGGCGCAGACCGCCUCCCAGCCCCUCCAGUGCGAGCUGCCCACCAUCCCCGUGCAGAUCGGCUCGCACUUCCUCAAGGGCGUCUCCUUCAACGAGUCCGCGGCGGAAAACCUCAAACUGAAAACGCAAACGAUGCUGCGGCUGAUUAAAGAGGCAGCUGGGCAGAACGGAGUGGCCCCCCGAGACGACUCCCCCGUCACCGAAGUCCUCAACCAGGUGUGCCCCUCCAGCUGGAGAGGGGCCUGCAAGACCGCUGUGCAGCUGCUGUUCGGGCAGGCGGGGCUGGUGGUGGUGGACACUGCUCAGAUUGAGAACAAAGAGGCCUACGCCCCUCAGAUCACCCUGGAGGGAUCUAGAAUUGUGGUUCAAGUGCCAUCAACAUGGUGUCUGAAGGAGGAUCCGGCCACGAUGUCUCUGCUGCAGCGCAGUCUGGACCCAGAGAAAACCCUGGGCCUAGUGGAUGUGCUCUACACUGCUGUCUUUGACCUCAGCAGGUGGAAGGAACACAGGGAGCAGGUCCUGCCCACCAUCCAGAUCCAGCUGCAGCGGGAGAGCUCGGACUUCGGGCCCCCGGUGGACCUGCCAGCGGGAAACGGACCCAAGUCCUCGGGGGGGCUCCCGAAGACCAUCUCCAGGCUGACCUCCAGGUUCACCAAGAAGACCUCCUCCAGCAGCGGCAGCGGGGGCAGUUUCUCCAUUCCCACCACCCCCUCCCGGAACAUCUUCUCCGGCGGCGGCGCCGAGGACAAGGCCAAGAGCCCCGCCGGCGCCGACGCCAGGCUCCAGAGCGUCCUCCACAUGGGCAGCUUCCCCCGCGCCCAGGAGCCCGGGCAGCCCCCGCAGGGCAUGGCCGGCCCGCUGCCCAACGGGUACCCGCCGGAGGAGAAGGGCAUGAACCUGCCCACGGACCAGGAGAUGCAGGACGUCAUCGACUUUCUCUCAGGUUUCAACAUGGGCAAGUCCCAGCAGGCCUCGCCCCUCGUCAAGAGGAGGAACUCCGUGGCGACCCCCGGCGUGGCCGAGCAGAAGCCGCCCGCUGGCGCCCCGCCGGCCUCGCAGGCGGGCUCGCAGGGGCCCCUGCAGCCCCCCGGCCCCCCCCAGGUCCUGCCGAAGCCCCAGCAGCAGGCGCUGCAGUUUUAUCAGCACCUCCUGCAGCCCAUCAGCCCGCAGCAGCAGCAGCAGGCCUCGCCCCCCCAGCAGCAGCAGCAGCAGCGCGUGCCCCCGAAGUGGCUCGGCACGUCCUCCCAGCACCCCCCCCAGCCGCCCGCGGCGGGGCUGUCCCCGAUCGGGCAGAUCGGACAGUGGGGCGCCCCGGGGCUCCCCGACCUCAGCUCGGACUUGUACAGCCUGGGGCUGGUCAGCACCUACAUGGACAGCGUCGUGUCCGAAAUGCUGGGGCAGAAGCCCCAGGGCCCCCGGAACAACACCUGGCCGAACCGGGAUCAGAACGAGGGAGUGUUCGGAGUCCUGGGGGACAUUCUUCCAUUUGAUCCAGCAGUUGGCUCUGACCCGGAGUUCGCGCGUUACGUGGCUGGGGUCAGCCAGGCUAUGCAACAGAAGAGGCAAGCGCAGCUCGUCCGCCAGCCUGGCAGCACCCGGAGCAACUGGCCGAUCUCCGAUGAGCCUCACAGGGGCGGGACCUGGCCCCACCCCGAGUACUACACCGAGGGAGACGCGAUAAACAGCAGCUGGUCGGCGAAUCAGGGGGACUCCGCCAGCUCCAGCGACGAGGCCUCCUCUGCCAAUGGGGACAGCCUGUUCUCCAUGUUCUCUGGGCCGGACCUCGUGGCAGCUGUCAAGCAGAGGAGGAAGCACAGCAGUGGAGAGCAGGAGGUGUGCACGCUGCCCUCCCCGCCCCUCCAUCACGCUGGCGAAGACAGCAGUCAGGACUGUAAAACAAAAACCUGGCCGCCCAAGGCCCCCUGGCAGCACUCGUCGCCUCACGCCGGCGCGCUGCCAGGCCAGAGCGCGGCGCUGUACCAGAUGGCCAUCCCCGCCAGCCAGUGGGGCGAGUCUGUGACCAUGCUGCAGUCUCCGGUGUGGUCCACCGCCGGCGACUGCCCCGCCCCCUCCGCCAUCUCCCCCGGCUUCCCCUACGCCCAGCCGCCGCCGCCGCCAGCCUCCCAGCACAAACCUGGGAGUAAGGGCUUCAAAUCCUUCCCCCUCAAGCACGAGCGCAGGCCCUCCUACCUGCACCAGUACUGAGCUCUGGUCACCAAGCUGUCCCCAGCGUGGGAGGUCCUGUCCUGUCCGGGUCCCGUUUCCCUUGUUUUCACGACCUGUAGCUGUGUCUGUCCUGUCUGUCCUGUCUGUCCUGUCUGUCCU